AUGCAACAUUUGCUUCAAGACAAUGAUGUUAAAUUUUGGGGUAAUGAUAUUUGGCCAGAAAAUUCACCUGAUCUCAAUGUGGCAGAACAUAUUGGAACAAUAAUCAAAGAUGAAGUUGAAAAAAAGAUGUUAUCCGAACCCAGACGUUCUCGUUAUCUUGAAGAAACACUCAAAAUGCACAUUUCAGACGUUUUGAAAAAUAUGGAAAUCAACACUGAUUUAUUUGAAACUCUCUUAUGUUCAUAUCCAUCUCGACUACAUACAGUAAAGAACGCUAACGGUCGUCACACUGACUAUUGA